UAUACAUCAGCUACCAACUUGACUAUUGCAUCUCAUCCCAUUUAUUUUCUUCUCUUCUUAUAUACCAAACCGAUUUUUGUACCAAAUUUUAUGUACCAAAUUUUGAUAUCAGGAACCAUGAUUUUUCUCUGGUUCUUCAUCUUGGUUUGCCUAAAUUCAAGCCAUGCUCAACAGUACUAUGACCAAUCCGAGUGUCCUUCCAAUAUCAGCUACCCCGGUUCUAGAUACACUUGCAAUAUGUUCCAGAAUUCAUGCAGCACCUAUGUGGUAUACAGAGCCAACCAACAUUUCCAGACUAUUGCAAAUAUCUCAGACUUGUUUCACAUGGACUCUGAUGCAAUGCUUAGACUCAACAAUCUUACAUCUCCUUCUGAUGUGCUCAAACCAGGUAGAGAAGUUCUCAUCCCCAUCAAUUGUUCUUGCUCAGGUCAAUAUUUUCAGGCAAGUUUCAGCUACAUGGUGUCCGAAAAGACAUCAUACUCCGAGAUAGCUUGCGGAGUUUUUGAAGGCUUACUCAAGUCCUCUACACUUUCCGAGCAAAACUCGGUUCAAGUCAUCAACGUUGGUGCUGAGCUUCGUGUGCCUCUAAGAUGUGCUUGUCCUGAUAACUUAGCUAGUAAGAAAGGAGUGAAGUAUCUUGUGACAUACCCUUUCAUCGAAGGAGAUGUACCAAUCCUGUUGAGUAAGAGGUUCGGCAUCUCUCCAGAAGAUUUAUGGUUAGUCAAUAAUUUAGAGCCACCAAAUCCAACUGUAUUUCCAAACACAACUAUUUUAGUUCCCUUGAGAGAACCUCCGGUUCUGAACUUCAAUAUUCCAGAUUCUCCACCUCCAGCUCCUGGUUUUCUUCCCACAAUUUCUGUCGUAAAGCCGAAUAACAGCACAAGACUAAGGAGUUUGUAUAUAGCAGGGUCUGUUGUUGGGUUUUCACUACUGCUUUUAGCAUUGAUUGCAUGUGUAGUUUUGUAUAGGAGGGCCUUAAAGAAGUGGAAGCCUGAGAAGUUGCACUCCUUUAAUGCUAGAAGCUCUCCACUUUCAAUUUCAACAGUCAGAAGUCCUCUCAAAUCCAGUCUAACGGGUAGAUCAAGCUCUCCAAUGUCGACAUGUUUAUCUCCGGAUAUUCUUGCUGGAUUAAAGUACUCUUUGUUCAACUACAGCAUAGAAGAGAUCAGAAAAGCAACAAGGGAUUUCAAUGAAGAGAACAAGACCGCUGCUCUAGUCUAUAGAGGGCUGAUAAACAAUGCUGAAGUGAUGAUCAAGCAGAUGACAUUUGUCGAAACUAGCCAUGUUAUAGAUGUCCAUUCCAAAAUCAACCACAUCAAUAUCUUGAACUUGGAGGGUGUUUCUUAUGGAGAAAGUGACUUGUCCUGGUCAUAUCUAGUGUUUGAGCUUCCCAGCAAUGGCUGCUUGAGGGACUGCUUGUCUCAUACAUCUAAUCCUCUUGAGUGGUCUCGACGAACACAAAUAGCUUUUGAUAUUGCCACAGGACUUCACUAUUUGCACUGCUGUACUUUCCCUUCCUAUGCUCACCUAAACAUAAACAGUAGAAAUAUUUUUGUAACAGAAAAUUGGAGGGCCAAACUUGCAAAUAUCGGAACUCUUUCUGCAUUGGGAUCUUCUGAAAACAAAGGAUGGGUUGCACCGGAGUACCUUCUAUACAGCUCAGCUUCUGAAAAAGUGGAUAUUUUUGCUUUUGGGGUCGUUUUGCUGGAGCUCAUCUCUGCCAGAGAGGACAUCGAUGGGAAGUUAUUUAAGGAAUCCAUCAAAUUUUUAGGAGGGGGAGAUAGUGAAGGAGGUUUCCUCGAGCAGCUAAGGAGCUUCAUGGAUCAACAGUUAGAAGAUUACCCUCUUGCAGAGGCUCUGUGUUUGGCUGUUUUAGCCAAGGCAUGUGUGGAAGAUGAUCCUCUCCACAGGCCAUCGAUCGAUGAUAUCAUCAAAGUCCUUGCCAGAAUGGUAGGACCAGAAGUCGAUCGUCACGUUUGGUAGAAUAUUUUUCCAUCAUUUAGUACUUUAAUGUCAUAAAAUGAGUAGUAGUUAAGCACAGUACAUAGUUAUUAAAGUUUGUAUAAGUGAUUUUGCUCAAAAUUUCUCUGAUAUCUUGUGGCUCACUGCAUGGCUAAGGUUCUUUAGAAAAAGGCUACUGAUCAUGUAGUUAGUUUUCUUCAUUAUCACCAUCACUUUAUUAAUUGUGUAUAUGUUUAGUACGUUCAUCAGUUGGUUAAAGGAGA